AUGGCCGUCCGGAAUCUGCAGCAAAAGCUGUUUCGCGCAGAGAGCGGCUCGACGCCGUCUGCGAAAGAGGGCGAGAACGGGAAUAAAGACGCGGGGAGGUCGGACCCGAAGUUGAACAUCAAUAUCCCCCGGGCGCCGCCCGGUGCUGCUGCCCAGGCCGCGAACCUCAAGCUGCCGCCAAAGCUGAGCAGGGGCGCGGACGAGGCGCCCCAGCCGGGCUCUGAUCAGCGGCCGUACCGCGAGCGCUUGCAGGAGAAGCUCGGCACCCAGUACGAGGGCGUAGAGCGCUAUCGCCUCGAGCAGGACGAGAAGAAGGAGCGCCACUGGAAGCGCUGGGGACCGUACUUGUCUGAUCGCCAGUGGGCGACCGUUCGCGAAGAUUACUCGGACAACGGCGACGCCUGGGCGCAUUUUCCGCACGAGCACUCUCGUAGCCGCGCUUAUCGCUGGGGCGAGGACGGUAUCGCAGGUCUCAGCGAUAACCACCUUCGUCUCUGUCUUUCACUCGCGCUAUGGAACGGCGAGGACCGCAUGCUCAAGGAGCGUCUCUUUGGCGUCUCUGGCCCGCAGGGUAACCACGGCGAGGACGUCAAAGAGGUCUAUUAUUACCUCGACAGCACGCCUACGCACAGCUACAUGAAGUUCUUGUACAAGUACCCUCAAAAGGCAUACCCGUACGAGCAGCUCGUUCAGGAGAACCAGCACCGUGGACGGGACGUCGUCGAGUACGAAAUUAUGGACACUGACGUCUUCGACGAGGAUCGUUACUGGGACGUGUUCGUUGAGUAUGCCAAAGACGAAGACGCGCCAGAAAACGUUUACGCCCGUAUCACCGCUUACAACCGUGGUCCGGACCCUGCGACGCUGCAUAUCAUCCCACAGCUCUUCUUCUCGAACACUUGGUCAUGGCCGCUGCCCGAGCCGACGCGUCCGGUGGUCCAGGCGACGACAAACAACCGAAUCACCGCUACUCAUCCAUCGCUUGGCCGCACGCACCUGUACUGCUUCCCGUCUCCCACGCCUGUCGGCCCUCACGGCGAGCCCGUGAACGAGAACGAAGACGAAGAUGAGAGUAUCGAGCCUGAGCUCUUGUUCACCGAGAACGACACGAACUACCGCAGGUUAUGGGGUGUUGAGAACAAGUCGCCCUUCGUUAAGGACGCGUUCCACGAUCAUAUCGUGCCCCAGCACCGCCCGCAGAAGCUUACUGCGAUGCACACUGGCGAGCCGGCUGCAGACAAGGUUGGCCAGGCUGUCGCCGGGGAGGAUGGUGAGGACAGCGGUCCUCCUACGCCUACUCCCGAGCCAAGCUUCGUAAACCCGGAACGCAAGGGCACCAAGUCUUGCGCACACUACACGUUCGAGAAUGUUCCCGGUCGCGGCGGUUGCGCUGUUGUCCGUCUCAAGCUUACCCCUGGUGGUCCCAAGACCGACCCGACGCUCGAGGAUGAGGGUCUCUUCGACGAUGCUAUGGAGGAGCGCCGCGUCGAGGCUGACGAGUUCUACCACGCGCUCGCCGGUAACUCUGUUACGGACGACCUGCGCGCGAUCAUGCGUCAAGCACUUGGCGGUAUGAUGUGGACCAAGCAGUUCUUCAAGUUCGUCACGAAGGACUGGGUCGAGGGCGAUGCCGCUCAGCCGCCUCCGCCACAGUCGCGUCGGUACCACAAGAACGCGCGCGAGUGGAUGCACCUGUACGCGGAGGACAUCUUGAGUAUGCCGGAUAAGUGGGAGUACCCGUACUUUGCUGCUUGGGACUCGGCGUUCCAUUGCAUCCCGCUUGCACUCGUCGACCCGGCGUUCGCAAAGAAGCAACUGGACUUGCUCACGCGCGAGUGGUACAUGAAGCCUGACGGACAGAUCCCCGCGUACGAGUGGAACUUCAGCGACGUGAACCCUCCCGUGCACGCCUGGGCCACCUUCCGUGUGUUCAAGAUCGAGCGCAAGCUGUACGGCCGCGAGGACGUGCCAUUCCUCGAGCGCGUCUUCCAGAAGUUGCUCAUCAACUUCACGUGGUGGGUCAACCGCAAGGACGAGGGCGGCGCGAAUGUGUUCGAGGGAGGGUUCCUGGGCUUGGACAAUAUCGGUCCUUUCAACCGUUCGGAGCCAUUGCCUACGGGUGGUACACUUCGUCAGGCGGAUGGAACAGCGUGGAUGGCGUUUUAUGCUCUCAACAUGCUGAGCAUGGCGCUUGAGCUUGCGAAGCAUAACGCUGUUUACGAGGAUAUGGCGUCCAAGUUCUUCGAGCACUUCAUCAUCAUCGCCGACGCCAUGACCUUUGCGCAGGACGGCAAGUCCGUCAGCCUCUGGAGCGAAGAGGACGGGCUCUACUACGACGCCAUCCAAUGGGGCCAGGACAACGCGAUGCAAGUCCCUGUUCGCUCCUUGGUCGGCCUCAUCCCGCUUUACGCCACUCUCACGCUCGAGCCGGGCGUCGUUAACAAGUUCCCGGGCUUCAAGAAGCGCAUGGAGUGGUUCAUCGAGAACAGACCGGAGAGCCAGCGCAACAUGGCGAACAUGCGCCGCCGUGGUCGUGGCGAGCGGUACCUGCUCGCGCUCGCGGACAAGGACCGCUUGACGAGCAUUCUGCAGAAGAUGCUGGACGAGAACGAGUUCUUGAGCGAGCACGGUAUUCGCUCGUUGAGCAAGCUACAUAAGGAUAAGCCGUGGGGCAUGGAGGUCAACGGGCAGUACCACGAGGUUGCCUACUGGCCUGGCGAGUCGCAUUCUGGCAUGUUCGGCGGCAACUCGAACUGGCGUGGUCCUAUCUGGCUGGCCGUCAACUUCUUGCUCAUCGAGUCGCUCCAGCGCUUCUACCAAUACUACGGCGAAGAGCUGCAGGUCGAGUGCCCGACGGGCUCCGGCGACUACAUGAACCUGCUUGAGGUCGCCGAAGAGAUCCAGCACCGCAUCAUCCACAUCUUCGGACGCGACAUGGACGGGCGCCGCGCGCUCAACGGUGGCAACGUCAAGCUCGACACGGACCCGCACUUCCGCGACUACGUCUGGUUCUACGAGUACUUCCACGGCGAUGACGGCCGUGGGCUCGGCGCGUCGCAUCAGACGGGCUGGACCGGUCUCGUCGCGUACCAUAUCGCGCAGAGCGGCGCGAGCUGUCGGUUGCCGAAGACGCCGAGGACGCCGAGGAGUCUGGCGCAGCAUUACUUCGAUGAGGCCGUUGACUCGAGAAGCGAGUACGACGAUGCUAAGAGCUUGAUGAGUGCGUACUCGACGUACGACGGGGCGAGCACUCUGGGAGAUGUGUCGCCCGAUGCGCUUUAG